UGCAAGAUAAAAAUAUCAAAACUGUCAUUACAUAAGAAAUGAAACUUAAUCAGCAUUAAAGUCUUGGCGUCAGAACGUGACUGUUGCUGUCACUGAUAGCAUAACUUUACUGCAUUACAAUUGUAAUUAUUGACCAGAAAAUACCGUAUUUUUGAGAACUGAAGAGAAACGAAAGUAAGGUAGGGCCACAGAUUUUGCACAAGUUUUCUGUGAUGGGUUCAAGUUAUGUGUUGAAAAUUGAGAACAUUUUUUAGUUUGUUGCCUUCUUAGAGUACCAACUUCUACUAAGAUGGAUUUUGUUGAUACCAAUGCAAAACCAGUAGUUCGAGACGGUUUGAUAAACGACAUCAUGUCACGACUUUAUGGAAUGGAAGUAAUCAACUUCACUGAAAUGGAAAGUUACAUCGAUCGAAAUUAUUUGGUUAAUGUGAAGAAAACACACAGAAAUCCGUUCAUCAAGGAAGUGAAACCUCAUGGUUAUAUGUUGAAAAUCUUCAACGGAGAAGAAUCAGAGAACGAAGAUUAUUUUGAUGGAUGUUAUUCUAUGGUUGACUAUCUUCGAAAAUAUAAUAUUCCUGCCCCGGAAAGAAUACAAAGAAUUGAUGGUAAAUUCCAGAAUAGAGAAAUAUUAUAUAAAGAUACAGACGACUCCGAUUCAGCAAAGAAUUGUCAUAUGAUUAUUCUCUUGAAUUUCAUUCCUGGAUUAAUGUUAAGUUCAGUACCUCUGGUUCCAUCUCUGUUAUAUGAUGUUGGAAAGCUACAUGGUCGUAUCAGUAAGUCAUUACAGAAUUUCUCUCAUCCGUUUUUCCAAAAUAGACCUCAACUUAUUUGGAAUCUGGAGAAACUACCUACACUGACUAAAUACUUAGAGUUCAUCGAAAUUGAAAACGAUCGAAUGUUAGUCGAAGAGGUCAUUGAAACUUUCAAAAAGGAAGUUCUUCCAAAUAUCUCAAAAUAUCAGAAAGGUCAUGUCCAUGGUGACUACAGUCAUAUAAAUAUAAUAGUAAGAAAGAAACAUGAGGAAGUCGAGUCACUGCAUUGCAGCGAAAAACUUUGUUCGGCGAACAUUAAUGGUACGGCUGGAAAAAUACCUUCGUCGCCGUAUAGCGUGUCUGGUAUUAUCGAUUAUGGUCACGCAAGAUACUCGUACUUAGUUCAUGACGUUGCAAUUUCUAUUGCUUACAUCUCACUCGAGAGCAAAAUUAUUGAUUCAUUAGAUGUUGGUGGUCACAUGCUAGCUGGUUUCUUUUCGGAGAUCAAAUUGAAUUCAGAGGAACUUGACGCUUUACCUGUUUUGAUAUGUGGUCGCCUUGCUAAGUCAUUGACAAUUGGAAGGUACCUACAUCAACAAGAUUCUACAAACUUGUAUGCACUGACAACUGCUGCUCAAGGCUGGCCGUUGAUUCGCAAAAUCUGGAAGACACCAAAAGAAGUCCUUUUGAAGAGAUGGAAAGAGAUUAUAAGCUCAUAUGGUGAAAAUUAACGAGAAUAUAUGAAAUAAAAUGAAAAAGAACGAUUGAAUAUAUAG